CAGGUGAUGGAGGACCAAUGUUUGUUAACUCUGGACAACGUCCAAUAGGGAGAGGUAUUGCUCCUAUCAACGCCGGCAUUGGCUUUCAACCUUUUGCGACCAUCGAUGAUGCUAACCAAGGCCGAGGUGGUGGUGGACCCAUGUUUGUCAACUCUGGACAACGUCCAAUCGGGAGAGGUAUUGCUCCUAUCAACGCCGGCAUUGGCUUUCAACCUAUUGCGACCAUCGAUGAUGUUAACCAAGGCCGAGGUGCUGGUGGACCCAUGUUUGUCAACUCUGGACAGCCUCCAAUAGGGAGAGGUAUUGCUCCUAUCAACGCCGGCAUUGGCUUUCAACCUUUUGCGACCAUCGAUGAUGUUAACCAAGGCCGAGGUGCUGGUGGACCCAUGUUUGUCAACUCUGGACAACGUCCAAUCGGAAGAGGUAUUGCUCCUAUCAACGCCGGCAUUGGCUUUCAACCUUUUGCGACCAUCGAUGAUGUUAACCAAGGCCGAGGUGCUGGUGGACCCAUGUUUGUCAACUCUGGACAACGUCCAAUAGGGAGAGGUAUUGCUCCUAUCAACGCCGGCAUUGGCUUUCAACCUUUUGCGACCAUCGAUGAUGUUAACCAAGGCCGAGGUGGUGGUGGACCCAUGUUUGUCAACUCUGGACAACGUCCAAUCGGGAGAGGUAUUGCUCCUAUCAACGCCGGAAUUGGCUUCCAACCUAUUCCGACCAUCGAUGAUGUUAACCAAGGCCAAGGGCCUAUAAUACCUUUUACGAAUACAUUCAAUGCUAACCUUGACGGAUCUUUGGAUACGCCUGCAGUUAUGCCAACUAUACCGGCUUUUAACUCCGUCGAAGGUCGAUUUAGUGCCGGUCUGGAUUUCAACGAUCCAAGGAUCAGAACCCAGUCUGCCGCUGUUGCUGCAUCAAAUAUUGAAGAACCGCGUUUUAAUACAAAUGAUCUUGGACAAAACCAAAUUCCCCAAAACCUUGACUUCGACGGAAUUGUUGCUGGACCAAACAUUGGAUUUGAUCAGAAUUUAGCUGUAGGGCCUGGUUUUCAAGGUGGAGUUAAUUUCGAACCGAUGAUAGGCAUUCCGGGAAGAGGGUUUCAAUUAGGUCAACCAGAACAAUUUCCUUUCGACUUAAGAGAAGGCGGAUUUAACGAUAAUGGAUUCCAGGGUUUCACACCUGGACCACAGUUUACCGAUUUUAAUGACUUUCAGCAACCAUCCAAUUUCCAAGGAGUGAUUGGAGGAUUUCCUCAGGGCGACAUUUCUCCCACUCCUUUCGAUGCUAAUGUGUUUCCUGGAUUGACAUUUCCAAACCAGCCAGUAAACAGUUUCAUUCCUCAGAUAGGAGGCGAUUUCAAUAUUAUCGGAGCAGGAGAACCUUCGAACAUUAACGGAAAUGAUCUCAUAUUUCCAGGUGGACAAAUAUUUACAUGAUGAAAUUGAAAACACAAAGGUAAAUAAUGUAUAUAACUUCACGUGCAACUUUUAACUAUUCCUCAAAACAAUACCCAACCAAAUAAUAAAGAAGUAUUCGAACUGAGUAAUCUAAUAGGUUAACCUCGUUCUAAUACGUCAUCCUAUAGGCGCUUUCGUUUUUUGUUACGAGUAUAAUGUAUGUUUUGCAAUUUUUAUCAACUGUGGUCACUGUGAGGAACUCUUAAAACUUAAAAGUAGUUAUAGGAUAGAAUAAGUGCAUGGUUAGAAUGUAUGUCAAAAGAUAACAUUCCUUUUAAGAUUUAAGUCUAUUCAUCAUAAACUUGAAUCACAUUUCUUAUGGAAAUAAGCUGCGGAAUACCCCCAGUAUUAUAGAUACAUUUAUUGUAUCCUUAGAGUAUGUGUUAGUCAUCACUUGUUGAACAACAUGAUAUUAUGUAUGACAACACAUAUAAUUCUUCACUGUGAUAAAACUGCAGAUGUUCGAGACGAAUUAUGGUGCAAUUUGAUCAGUAAUAUGGGUAUAAAUUUCAUUAUAUUUUUUACAUGUUCACCAUAUUUUUAUUUAACUAAUGCUUUAAUGGGAAACAUUUAAUCAUGAAUUAUCAAACGAAGGUAUUGAAUCGUCAAACGACGAUAUUUGAUCUUCCGGAAAUAAUAAAAAAAAAAAAAAUCAAAUGUUUUAAACAUAUGAAUCACUUUCUUAGCAUUAAUUAUCGAAUGCCUUUUCACUUCUAAAAAUUAUUUACAUUGAUAUAAUCUUGUUUUGCAUGUUGUUUGUACUGAUAUUCUGUUGAUGAAAUCUUCAUUAUUUGGAGGAAAUAAAGAGAAUAAUACAACUAA